UUUAAGAACAAAACCCACAAAACUUCGGAAACAAUUUCUGCAGCUGAGCAGCCGAAGAAGCCAUAGCAAUGGGAACUUGGUUGGCUUCCUCCCGUGUCUCCCCCUUGAUUCUAAGGUCCAUCUCAAGAAACCCUAGAUCACUUUGCUCCCAAACUGAACUCCCCAAUAAGCCCGUCCCAGAAUCUGAUUCUCCUCCACAGAAUCUCAAAUCAAGCUCGGAUUCCCCCGAUGAAACUUCCCCAGAACCCCAUUUCCCCGAAAUCGCAAGUUCCGGAUGUAAAGACUCUGUCUUGACGCAAGCGGACGUGAUAAGCAGCCUUCUCAGCCGUAAAAACGAUCCCGAUUCAGCUCUGCAAUACUUCAAGUGGGCGGAGAGGAGACGCGGGCUUGUAAGAAGCAUUGAUUGGAUAUGCAUUCUGCUUCACAUUCUGGCGAAGGAGCCCGGGACUCGUCAGCAUGCACAGAAUCUGCUCAAUCAGUUGGCUUCUGGCGAUUCAGGUCCGACUCCCAGUAUUGUAGUUGAUCAUUUGGUUCAGUGUCCAGAAAGUUUCGGUCUUGAAUCGGAUCCCCUGGUUUUCGAUUACUUGUUGAAUAGUUAUGUUAGAGCCGGAAGGCUUGAUUAUGCCAUAGAUUGUUUUAAUUCAGUGGUGGGUCGUGGUAUUUUCCCGUCACUGCCAUUUGUGAACUUAGUCUUGAGGGAAUUGGUUAACAGUGGCUUGAUUCGUGAGGCACACGAUGUCUACGAUAAAAUGGUUGCGAAUGGCGUGGAAGGGGAUGGUGUAACGGUUAAAAUUUUGAUGCGUGGCUGCUUGAAGGAAGGUAGAGAUUUGGAAGCUAUUGAGUUUUUUAUGAAGGCGAAAGAGAAGGGUACUGAGCUUGAUGCUGUGGCAUACAGCCUUUCCAUUCAGGCUGUUUGCAGGAAGCCUGAUGCUGAGUUAGCGUGUGAGUUGUUGAGCGAGAUGAAAAACAAAGGAUGGGUUCCAUCUGAGGGUACUUUUACCACAGUCAUUGGGUCUUGCAUGAAGCUUGGGACUAUGGCUGAAGCUUUGAGGCUUAAAGAUGAGAUGGUGAGUUGUGGGAGGUCGGUGAAUGUGGUGGUGUUUACGAGUUUGAUUAAAGGAUAUUGUAAGCUAGGCCAAUAUGAUAGUGCCUUGGAUCUCUUUUAUCGAAUGGGCGAGUCAGGGGUUGCUCCUAACAUGGUGACAUACUCAAUAUUGAUUGAUUGGUCUUGUAAGAAUGGGAAUAUGCAUAAAGCUUGUGAGCUUUAUGGACAGAUGAAGAAGAAAGGCAUUCGACCAAGUGUGUUCACUUUCAACUCCUUGCUGCAAGGACUCUUGAAGAAAUGUGCCCUUGAAGAAGCGAACAAGUUGUUUGACGAGGCAAUUGAAGAUGACAUUGCUGAUGUCAGCACCUAUAACUGCUUAUUGUCAUUCUUUUGUAGUGAGGGCAAAGUAGACGAAGCACAACAUUUGUGGGGAAAGAUGCUAAGCAAAGGUGUCACACCAACCAUUGUUUCAUACAACAACGUGAUUCUUUGCUACUGUAGAGUAGGUAACUUGGAUAAGGCAUGCAGUGUGCUGUCCCAGCUCCAGGACUCGGGUAUCAAACCUAAUGUGAUCACUUACACAAUUUUGAUAAAUGGCUAUUUUAAGAAAGGUGAGCCUGAAAGUGCUUUCAACAUGUUUGACCAGAUGUUGAUUGAGAACAUUCUCCCUUCAGAUUACACAUACAAUUGUUUAAUUACUGGGAUGUGCAAAGCAAGUCAAACAUCUGAAGCACAAGUGAUGCUAAGGAAGUUUGCAGACGAAAACGGGUUUGCUCCGUCAGCUUUAACUUAUAACACCAUCAUUGAUGGAUUUGUGAAGGAGGGUGAUAUCAAUUCUGCAUUGGCAGUUUACGGAGAGAUGUGUGAAGGUGGUCUUUAUCCAAACGUUGUCACUUAUUCUACAUUGAUUAACGGCUUAUGCAAAAGCAAUAACUUCGAUUUUGCUUUAAAGAUGUGGCAUGAUGUGAAAAGCAAAGGACUUCACCUGGAUGUUACCUUGUACAGCACUCUGAUAGAUGGAUUUUGCAAGAAAGGAGAAAUGGAGAGUGCAUGGCAGUUCUUCUCUGAACUCCUUGAGGUUGGGCUAUCUCCGAAUACUGCCGUCUACAAUAGCAUGAUAAGUGGCUUCAGGAAUCUUGAUAACCUGGAGGCAGCACUCAAGUUGUAUAAGAGAAUGCAAGCUGAGGGAGUUCCUUGUGAUCUUCAAACUUACACGACAUUGGUUGAUGCUUUCCUGAAAGCGGGCGAACUAGUAUCCGGUACUGAUCUUUACACUGAGAUGCUUGCCAAAGGCUUUGUUCCUGACAUAGUAACAUAUGGUGUCCUAGUAAAUGGGCUUUGUAAGAAAGGACAGAUUGAUAAUGCACAAAAGAAGCUGGAAGAAAUGGAUAGGAAGGGCAUCACUCCAAACGUUCUCAUUUACAACACUCUAAUCGCUGGACACUUUAGAGAAGGAAACAUACAGGAGGCAUUUAGACUGCAUAAUGAGAUGCUUGACAGAGGUCUUGUUCCAGAUGAUACCACUUAUGAUAUGCUUGUUAGCGGAAAAGUGAAGGGACAACGUUCAACAUCAACUCCUGGGGCUAGCACAGCUGUGAAGAUGUGAACUCCCACUGAUCAUAUUUACACUCCAGGAGUUGAAGUUGUUUGUAAAUAUAGACGAGAUGGUGGAAUUCCUCAUGCAACCAAAUCUUAUGUCAACCAUACAGAAGUUCCAUAGUAGUCGUUUUUGGGUUAGCAGAUGGUAGUGGUAGCUCGUUCAUCUAAUUGCAUUCUCAAUUCAAGUUGCACUGAUGAAAAGUCAGGCACGUAUGCCUCUCCUGAUACUAAUACUAUCGAAACUAAGAAGGGAAAAAGCGGUCAGCAAGUGUUCAGGGACAGGUGAAGAUAAAUACAGAUGCGGGCGAACUCCCUGCUGGUGGUAUUGGUUUGGAUGCUGUGAUUCGAGCAGAUGAAGGCAAGUUUGUGUUAGCUGCAGCUAAGAUAUGCAGAAGCUUAAGCUAUGGAAUUUGGGAUGCAGCUGGCUGCUCAAUUCCAGCUCACGAACCUUGUACACUUGUACUGGAAGCGGACUGCCAGAGUUUAAUACAGAAACUGGAUAAAGCAUACAAACGGAGCUUGGAGUUAUCUGUAGAAAUACCCAACGUCUAGUUCAUGAAAUGGGAACAUAUCCGACGUGAUGUAAACAAGGCCGCUCAUUGUGACUCAUAGUAGAAUGGAGUGGGAAGCUGUGGUUGUUUGGGUAGAUAUGCCAC